AGGAUUAUCGGUAAAUAUAUGUUUUAAAUGCGAAGUGGUAACGCCGAUAUUCUUUUAUUUUGAAUUUCUUCAGAACAAUUAGGCGCGAUUGUCAACAAAAAGACCAACAACCGGUAUUUCGAGUUUUGAAAAUUUUUAACCAUAUCUGCGGAUGCCACAGGCGCUAUUUAAGAGACAAGAGUCUUGGUAGUGGACAAGUUCGUAGUUAUUCUUAUUGGUGUCAAGAUGAUCAUGAAGACUUUUGCCGGUUUAGUAGUAAUCUCCAUUCCCAUAUAUUAUGUGGAAUCCGCAAAACUGAGCUUCGCUCACAAAAAUCCUCCCCACCCAGACUGCAGAGAGCAUACCAAAUACAUAACCGAGGAGCAGGUUAAUCAGCUGAACAGAGGUUUCUACCCAGACAGUCCAGUGAUCAGGCAGCAUAUCCUUUGUAUUUGGAAAGAAAAAGGCGUGAUGAACGAAUCCGGAAACUUACAGCCUGAAGUGAUUAAGUCCAAGCUCAAAAACGAACAAAUCAAACAGCAGGUACUACGUUGCAUCGUACAGAAGAGCAAUCCAGCUGAAACUGCCUACGCCUUCUACCAGUGUGUCUCCCCACUCCUUGCCAAAUACAACAAUUGAAGGGA